AAAAAAAUUUAUUUAUCUAUUUAUUUUUGGGUAGAAGACACGCUUUACAAUUUGCAUUAGGGUUUCGCAGUCUCUUCCAUCUGAAAAACAUGGCUCGCCGAAGCUCAGGUGGAAGAUCAGCACCUCGUCGUCCUGCACCAGUGCGUAAUCCCCCUCAGCCAGCAAGACAAGCUCCUCCUCCAGCUCCUGUUCAAGGUGGCAGUGGUGGAUCCAUGCUUGGAGGCCUUGGUGCUACAAUAGCUCAAGGCAUGGCAUUUGGUACUGGCAGUGCUGUGGCACAUAGGGCUGUCGAUGCAGUGGUGGGUCCUCGCACCAUUCAACACGAAACUGUCGUCUCUGAAGCAGCUUCUGCCCCAGCACCCGCUACAAACAGUAUGGGUUCUGAUGCUUGCAGUGUGCAGUCCAAGGCAUUCCAGGAUUGCCUGAACUUUUACGGUAAUGAUAUCAGCAAGUGUCAGUUCUAUAUGGAUAUGUUGUCCGAGUGCAAGAGGAACUCUGGUUCUACAAUGGGUGCUUAACCAUGACACCCGUGAUUUGGAACUCCAUCGUUUUAUCCUUUUGACUACCGAUGUAAUGACAGUUUGUUGUGAUGGAGGAUUCCCUAUCAGUUAUCAGUGUUGAUAGCUACUGGACAUGGUGUUAUGAGUACUUAAAUAAUCUUAUUAAAACUUCAUCUUACAUCUGUUUUGAAUGGAAGCUGCAUUUGAACUAUUACUUGAUGUAAGUUUGAUCUAAUGCAUUUGCAUAUUGCUGUUUGCUCUA